CCAAAACUUCCUUGCGGCGAACUGCGGAGGUGCUCAGAGCUCCCACCUUUCACCAUCACCACAGACACACCACAAUGUUUUCAAGACGUGCAAUUCCUUUGGCUUUCCGCGCCGCCACCCGCGCAAGCCCAGCUCGCCCGCUCCUGGCCACACCUUUCCUCACACCUUUCCAAGCACGAUUCCUGUCCGAUGAAGUUCGCACUGCGAUAGACAAGGCUGUCGCCUCGGCGCCAGUAGUUCUGUUCAUGAAGGGCACACCAGAGACACCACAAUGCGGGUUUUCAAGAGCUAGCAUACAAAUACUGGGCAUGCAGGGUGUAGAUCCCGAGAAGUUCACAGCAUUCAAUGUGCUGGAGGAUCAGGAUCUAAGGCAAGGUAUCAAAGAAUACUCUGAGUGGCCCACGAUACCGCAACUAUACGUUGAUAAGGAGUUCGUCGGCGGAUGCGAUAUCCUGAUGACGAUGCAUCAGGACGGAUCGUUGGCGAAGAUGCUGGAAGAGAAGGGCGUGGUUGUGCCCGCCGAGGGAGAGCAGCAACCGCCGAAGUAGACGAGCAAAUUGUUGAAGAGAAAUAUAAUAUGCAGAGUCUAUAAUAUGGCCGGGCUACAAUUGCGAGCUUGGCCUGGCAGCUUCUGAGUAAUGUACUACUGGAAUUUGUACACAUAUUUUAGGCGCAGAUACUGUUGUACUGCGACGCCAAGUGUCGUGGGUAUCUCCACUCUUCCUCUUAUACUGUCGUCAUGACUAUGUUCCUGCAUACGUCACUAAGUGCGCUUUCCAUGUGCGUUGUUGCACCUUCUCUGUUGAGACUAACGACACACUCACCCAUACAGCAUCCCUCAAGUACCUAACACCCCUCACAACCUCUCCGGUCGAAGCCACGCAGGAUGGAAGUUGAACGCCCUGCUUCACGAGCGCACCGCCACCUAGGCCCUCCCACAAAGCAGAUCACACCUGUAAACGCAAAGAAAAGUGUCUCAGUAGCCGCGAUAUUCAAGCAGCAAGCGCGCAAGACGAAGCAAAUGGACACUACGCCGC